GCGGCUCAUAUCCAUUAUUAAGAUAUUUUUUCGCUAAAAUAUUUUUGCAAAUGUCUUGAAACUUGCAAAACAACAUAGCUAUGAUGUCUUAUGAUAACUUACAACGCAUCAAAUGGAGUACAGAAAGUUUAAAGUUAAAAGAUUUUAUUAUGAAGUACAAAUUACCACAAAUUGUUUGUGUCAAAGAUGGAUAUUAUGGAUCAAGCAAACACGACACGUUCAGCAGUGGAGAAAAAUUAAAGUUGCACUCAGUAACAAGUGAAUUAAGAGCUGUAUGUUACAACAAAAACGAAAUAUGUUAUCAAAUACCAAUAAAAACUCAAGAAAUGGUCGAAUUAAAUGAUAUCAGAUCAAGUCUUUGUAAAACAGUUGCAGAUGUGGCAAAACUAAAACCAUUGCCAAAGUAUUUUGAAGUCCAAAGUGGAUACUUCGCCUUAGUGGGUGGUGACGAAAAAGGCGUUUACAUUGAAAGCAAGGAAAGAUUGGAAGUGUUAUGUAAAAAACCCACCACCUUAAAAGACAACAAUGAGAAAUUCUUAACAUGUCGCAGUAACAAUGGCGAAAUAAUCAAAUUACCAUUUAAUUGCGAAGCAGGUUUCAAGCCAGUGUAUUCUGGACAAACCUAUUACUUGAAUGAGAUUCUCUCCAACCAAGCUAUAACUUUAGAGCAGCCAGUACAUUUCAAAUUCACCAAUCCCCAAUGUUCACAUCACAAGCUUGGUGUCUUAAAAUGUAGCGAGGUUUGCAACAUUAAUUUUGUUAUUGCUUCAAGCGAACAGGACAGUUCAUCGAAUGUUUUUAGUAUUCCACUCGAGAUCGAAAUUACCGUUACCGUUGCAGAAGGCGCAAAUAGAUUCGACAACGAUUACGAGAAUAUUCGGAUCAAUUAUCACAAUUUUGUAGGAAUCGAGGACGAAGUAAAAAUUUCACAAAGUUCUCACAUUUUCCGUUCCUCACUCGAAGUGCAUGGGUUGCUGCAUAGAAAACUCAAACGGAAACCAAGUCAUUCUAAAAAACGUCCUACCACUGCUGAAGGACAGGAAGACACGGUUCCUUUAAAUGUGGGAGAAAAAACAGUUCAAUUAUCACACAGUCAAGGGGAAAAUUAUUAUUCUCGUAUAGACCAGUUAAUUACAGUUGACUCGAUUAAAGCAGAUGCUCAAAUAAAUACAAACGUUACAGUUAAUCGAGACAUUCUAAACCCUGUUGUGGAUUUCGGUACGUCUGCUGAAGUUAACUCAUGUGAGAAAGAGCUAGAGGAAGAAGUGUGUGAUGUCAAACAUAUGAGCAUUAGCGAACUGUGUGACGUGUUAAAAGAGCUGCGGUUGGAAAGACACGUGGAAACAUUUAAAGAAAAUUUAAUCGAUGGCGAAUUGUUGUGCGCACUCGAAGAUGAAGAACUCAAAGACAUUGGAUUAAAUAAUUUCGAAAUUAAAAAGCUGGUCAAAUAUGAAAAUGGCUGGCGUCCAAAGCUGCGAGUUCACGAUUCAUGUACUUCAUCACUUUAUUUCAACACACAGCAACGCAGCAUCCUCCAACCAACGGCCAAUAAAAUUUGGUCACUAAUGGUGCAUGCUUUUCUAUUGUCUUAUAUAAUCUUUGAUCUGAAAAUUCCAUUACAAUCACGACAAAAUAUGGAAUUGCAAGUGAAAGGCAGGGAUGAUGACAAAAUAAAUUGCAGCUACUCUGUCAAUGGUCGCGUAUUACACGAAUUCACUAAUGUUAAAAUGGUUUAUGAUCGUUUGCCAAAUAUAAAAUGGACCGAAGACAGUUUAAAGUUAAAAGAUUUUGUCUCAAAAUAUGAGUUACCACAAAUUGUCUGUGUUGACGAUGGAAAUUAUGGAUCCGGUAUUAACGAUACAUUCUUUUCUGGACAGAAGCUAAAGCUGCAUUCUGUUACAAGCGAAUUGACAGCGCUUUGUUACGACACGAAUAAGACGCCUUAUCAUGUGCCGGUACUAUGCCAAGAACCAGUGGAAUUUUUCAUUCCAGAACAUCCAAAGCACUGCUCGUCCAUUGCAGAAAUAGCAAAAUUAAGUCCCCUUCCAAAUUAUCUUAUAACCCAGGGUACGUUCUUUAUCUCAAUUGGUGAUGGAACAAAUGGUGUGCAUGUCAGAAAAAAUGAAAAGCUAAGAGUCAUGUUUCGAAUUGAGCAAGCAACAAGUCAACCGAAAGAUUAUCUGACUUUACGCAACGAAGCAGGAGAUAUGUUCAAAUUGCCAUUUAAAUGUCAAGCAGGAUUUCAACCAAUCUAUCUUAAGGAAACAUUUCUGUUGAAUCAAAUUUUGCCAAACCAGGCUACAAGCUUCAACCGAUCAGUUUACUUCAAGUUCGUUAAUCCUCAGUUUUGUAAUUAUCAACUUGAUGUUUUGAAAUGCAAGGAAGUAAAAACGCGUAAAUAUGCUGUCGCUUCAAGCAUGCAAGACAAUUCACAUUACGUUUUUAGCAUUCCAAUUGAAACUGAAAUCACAGUCAGAGUUGCUGAAGGUACAAAGAACCAUGAUAGUGAAUAUGAAAACGUCCGAGCGCUUUAUCAAAAUUUUAAAGGGAUUGAAGAGGAAUUAGAAAAAGCUCGCCUCAACGAAGUUCUCAAAAGUGGUCCAAACAAACAGGAAAGUGUUUAUGAAAAUUUUGAUAAUAAACAUUACCUCCCUAAGAAACCUUCUUUCGAUCAUAAAAGAGAAAAUCGCUGUCGAUCACAAUCGGUACUGGUCAGUAACCCACAGACGGAGCAGCAUCAAAAGAGACAAAUUCCAAAAUCGGAAAACAUAUACGCCGCGGUUGUUAAUCUUCAUCCAACGAAAAAAUCAAAUUCUCAAACUUGGAUUAAAUCACUGGUAAAGGUGGAAAGAUAUCUGUCGCCGGUGGAGGCCACAAUUGCUUCACCUGUGACGGAAACACAAAAACCUACUCAAGGCGAAAAAUUUACACCAAAAGUGGGAGCGCCACGCAGAACACAAUCCUUAACGACUGAACCAAUUCCUGGCUCCAAAGAAAAACACUCUUCAUCUGCGAUGACAAAAUCAAAGCGUAGUAAAAGUGAUUCUACUAAUUCUAUACCAGUAAAAGACAUGAGCGUAAGAGAGCUAUGUGAAGGAUUGGAAAAUUUAAGACUAGAAAAGCAUAUUGAGACAUUUAGAGAAAAUCAAAUUGAUGGUCAAUUGUUAUGCAGGCUUACAGAAAAUGAAUUUAAAGAGAUCGGAUUAAGUGGUUUUGAAAUUAGAAAGAUUGUUAGUUUCAGAGAAGGCUGGAUUCCAAAACUGUCGUAAUUUCUUAAUGUAGAUAGUAUUGGAUGAGGUAAAGAGGAAGUCAGCAAUUCUUACUGUACUUUUAGCUCGUUGGCAUGCAACAGUAAACGAUAAAAAGGAAACUAACAAAACAGAGAAUUUCGUUAAUAUCAAAGUAAUGAUUGUAAUUUUUUUAAUAUUUUUUAAAUUAUUUUAAAAUGUUUCAUUGAGCAAGACGUUUUUUAUCUUUUUCAACGCAGCUCAAGUUGUUAAGCUUCCUUUAAAGAAACUAAAUUUUGAAGGAAGUAAAUCUCGAGGGAGCUAAAUUUCGCAGUAACUAAAUCUUGCGGUUUAAUGAGUCUUCCACGCAAAUUAAUGAAAAGACAAUUCAAUUUUUUUUUUUAAUUUGAUUUUUUGUUGUUAAGUCAACACGUAAUUAAAUUCCGCGAAAUUUAGUUCUUCUAAAAAGAUUUAUCAGCUGCGAGUAGCAACGAGUGAAUUCCAAUGUUUUAUUCCCGGGCAUUCUCGACCCCACAGCUCUUUGAGAUAAACUCAAAAAAAAUUUUAAUCUCAAAGAGCUCUGGGGACGAGAAUGAUUCCCGGGCGUGCAACUAGUUCAAUGUAGUAGCCGGCCUGGCUUCAAAAAAAAAUAUCAAAAUUAUUUCGGAAGAAAACCAAAUACUUGAAUUUGUAUAUAUUGUGUUUUAUAUUUUAUAUGUUUGUAUAUAUUAAUUAUCAUAUGGUAGAGUUUUUCUUGCACUUUAAUUGGCUCA